UUGUUCUUUUGUCUUUUUGACAGGCUCGUUUCGUGCUCGUCUUUCUUGGCCACCUAUGGCGCAUUGCGCAUUCUGCAUCACUUGACGGGCUUGCGACUCGAGUACCUGUUUUCGUACUUUUACACAGUCCCUGCAGUCAAGGACGUGGCAAACCGCCAAGGGCUCUUGGCGGCCAUCCUGCUCAGUUUUCUGGCAUUUGCUCUCGACAUUAUCUUGUACCUGGUCGCUCCGGUGCGAUGGCUGCUGGCGCUUGCCUCGUCCAUCAUCUGGAGCUGCGCGGCCUGUGAUUUUGGCAACGUUGCAUCAGCUCGCUUCGCAACAAGCAUCUGGCCGUUCUCCUCCAAACCAGCCAGGCUGUCUCCGGCUCCAUCCAUCUCUCAACCCCUCGCAACAAUCCCGCUCAUUCCAAUAGUGUUUGUCUGGGCGGUUGCCGUGGCCCAAGAAUUCCUGGUGCGCGAUUUUGAAUCCGCCACCGUAUUUUGCCGCGUGUUUGCGUCCCACAGCGUCGGUGCCCCCGUGGUGUUUGCCUGCCUCUCCCUCUACCACGUUCUGUCUCUCGUGUGGGGGCGACGAGAGCAGCGGCGGAUUGCCAUGCAUGACGCUGGACUUCGUGCAUUGCUGGCCACUGCGUGUGUUCGACCCGAUGAUUCUCAGAUUUCUCCCUUGGCUUUGCCCCUCCUUUCCGAAGCAAUGGAUGCUUCUAUUGACGACCUGAUUGCAGCCGAGACUGCAGGACAGCCUUCUUCAGCACCACUCCCUCUUGCAGCAGCAGCAGCAGCAGCAGCGCACUCAGAGACAACCUUGGCCCUGGCUACCGACCGAGCCUCUUCUCCAGCAUCGCAACCACGGUUUGACCCAAGACUCGCUGGCAUCACAACCAGUGAAAACGGAAAUCUGGUGUUGGCCUUUCAGAUGAACCCGAUCAAACCUGGCCACGAGGCCAAGGCAACAUCUGUGCACGCUGACUUGUCAACACAGGACCUGGCAUUUUUGAACUCUACGCCGGCCGGCCGCUCCAUUGCUGCCUCAUUGCGAGUGGCUGCAUCAGCCGCCACCACCUCGACUGGCUCACAGCACUCGCCCCCUUCGCUUGCUGCUCCUGCGUCGCAGGCCGCUUCUUCUGGAAAACAUGCGUCAAAUGGCGUCAACUCUUCCUCGCCAGCACCGACGGCGCAAACCAGCAGCAGUCGCAAGAAAUCCAAGCAGCAGUUGCGCGAUGCCGCGUCUUCUUCCUCUGGCUCCUCGACACACAACAACAUUCCAUCCCACGAAAGCGAGUCCGACACCUCCAACCACCCUCCACCAGACUCUAGCUCCCGUCGUGACUCGGUCGAUCUGAGCGGUGCUUCCGGCUCUUCGCAGCAGCAGCAGCAGCAGCAGCAGCAGUCACAACAGCACAACGCAUCGCAAACGCCAAUAACGACUAUUGUAGAUCCCUCGAUCGACGCAACCAUGCGCCUACUCAAGGAAGAACAAACCGUGCGCAUGAAGGUGGAAAAGAGCAUGGCCAAGCUGGAUCGCGAGGUUGCUCGUUUGCGGCUCGUGGAAACCGCCUUGCGCAGCGACUUGUCCAAGCAACGGCAGUCAGUCACGGCCAUGGAGGCAGACAACGAACAACUGAAGGAACGCGUGACCGAACUCAAGCAGUCAAAGCAGCGGGUACUGGAAGCCAAAGCCGCUCUCGAGCGUCAAACGGCGAGUGAUCGCCACGUCAUUGAGGAUCAGCAACGGCAUCUGACUCAACUGCGUGCUCAGGUGGAAGAAGUGCGCUCAAAGAGCCAGCAAGAAGCAGGCACGGCGCAGGACACGUUUGCCAAUGAACUGGCCGAACUGACCGCGAAGGCAGCUGCUGCAGAAGCGGCUCGCGCUCGUGCCGAAAAGGAAUUGAACGUUGUUCGCAACAAGUUUCGCCGUCUCGAAGAUGAAGCUCGGAAAUCCAAGGAGGAAAGCGACCAGUGGAAGCAAGACGCGGCCGACGCACGCUCGGAACAGAGCAUGCUUCUGGCUGGGCACGAAUCGGUGACUGCGCUUGUCGAGACCCUGCAAGUCCUGCAAGAAGAGAAGCGCACGCUGGAGACGACUCUCAGCUACGAGACCCGAUUCAAGAUGGAGCUCAUGCAUGAGCUGUCCAAGGCCCGUCGCGAGGUUGAAGCAAUCAAAGCCGGCCGCUUCAUGUGA